AUGUAUAAUUCUAAAAUAAAAAACCCUAUAUUCAAAUAUUUCAAAGAGUUUCAGACGGAUAUAAGCGGCUCAAUUAUCCUUGUCAAUCCAUCGACGACGUCUGCGCCAACGAGUGGAAUUGAAACUAAUAACGUUGCAAACCAACAACUACCAAUUGACUUAUUUCAAAAAGACCUUUCUAGGCCUUCAUAUGAAGAACUAGGAAAAGAACAAUGCGGCCAACAAGAUGAUGAAAAUAUUCACAAGUUCCAAGCUAAUGAACCUUUAUCCAAUGAACAUCAAGAACGGAAUAUAUCAGAAAACGUAAUUUCAACCGGUAGAGACCAACUAAUGAAUACAACCAUGUUCGAUAACAUUAUAAAUGACUUUGAGAUGCAAACAAACAAAUCUACCCAAGAUUUGAUUGAACAUAUUCCUGGUUUAUAUCGUUUAUUAGACUUGUACAAAGAUGAUGGUUCGAAUGGUCUUGUCGAUAAAAUAAUUAUCUCAAAGGAUUUUCUAAAGAAACUAUGCGACAAUGUGGCUCCAUCAAGUUAUAAGUCAAUUUCUGAGAUCAAUUAUACAAAAUUGAACUCAAUUUCUGUUCGCCUUAUUGGAUGCUACGGAAAUCGCCGUUUAAUUGCAAAACUCUUAUUGAAUUUAGAGAUUAUUAAUCAACAAAUAUAUGACUUGCUUACAGCCUCUCAUCAUCCUAUCAACAACUCAAAUAAACCUUUUUUACGUCCUGGUAUUUACUUACUGGUUGUGAAUCCAGAUUUUGGUUUAGUUAUUCAUUGGCCCGAA